AAUACUAUACCCAAAAGAUAAAUUCGAUCUGAGAACUCGAGAUACUAGAAAAGAAAUAUUAAAACAAAGACCACCACAUAGAGCAACACUAAAACUAUUAGAUGCCUCUGUACAAACAGCAGCACUAAUAACUUUUAGUCAAACAACUUAUUGGAAGUGCAAUCAUAAUCAAAAAGAAGAAAUAUUACUCAAUUUAACAGAUAUACACACAUAUAUUGAAAACUUCUUAUUUAAUCUAGAACGAUUAGAAAAAGAUUCUAAAAUACUUUUUAGAAUAUUUAGAAUAUUACAAACCACAUUAGUAUCAAUACAAUUACUCUUACAAAUACAAGGAGUAAUACCAAGUAUAUACGAACUACACGAAUCGAUAAUAACAACUGAACAAAAAUUACAACAAGCUCAUUUAUUAAACAGAGCACACGCAAUACAUGAAGAAAUAGAAACUGCCGAAAGAAUAGAACAAACAAUAAUAAAUAACCCUAAAUAUUAUAGAAGUACUGACAAAGAUUACACUGACCAAUUAGAAUACCUAACACCAGAAGAAAAAUAUAUAUAUAUCAAGAAAUAUUCUUUAGAAACAUAG